AUGGAGAAGCAGCUCAGGGCGGCCGACCCGGACGAGGAGCAGCGGCUCGAGAGGAUCCGCCGCAUGCCCUCGCUCGACCAGUGCUACAACCUGAUGGACUUUGAGUCCGUCGCCCGCCGCGUCAUGAAGAAGACCGCCUGGGGCUACUACUCCUCCGGCUGCGAGGACGAGAUGACCAUGAGGGAAAACCACACGGCGUUCCACAAGAUCUGGUUCCGGCCGCGCAUCCUCGUCGACGUGGAGAAGGUCUGCACCCGCACGACGAUGCUGGGAACCCCCGUCUCGGCCCCCUUCUACGUCACGGCCACCGCGCUGGGCAAGCUGGGCCAUCCGGACGGCGAGGUCUGCCUCACGCGCGCCUCCGCUACCCACGACGUCGUGCAGAUGAUCCCCACCCUGGCGUCGUGCUCCUUUGACGAGAUCGUCGAUGCAAAGACCGACAAGCAGACCCAAUGGCUGCAGCUCUACGUCAACAAGGACAGAGCCAUCACCCGCCGCAUCGUCGAGCACGCCGAGGCCCGCGGCUGCAAGGGCCUCUUCAUCACCGUCGACGCUCCCCAGCUCGGCCGCAGGGAGAAGGACAUGCGCUCCAAGUUCGCCGACCAGGGCUCCAGCGUCCAGGCCACCACCGCCUCCUCCUCCUCUGCCGCCGCCGUCGACCGCUCCCAGGGUGCUGCCCGCGCCAUCUCUUCUUUCAUCGACCCCAGCCUCUCCUGGAAGGACCUGCCGUACUUCCGCUCCAUCACCAAGAUGCCCAUCGCCCUCAAGGGGGUGCAGCGUGUAGACGACGUGCUGCGGGCCGUUGAAGCUGGCAUCGAUGCCGUCGUGCUCUCCAACCACGGCGGCCGGCAGCUCGAGUACGCGCCCUCGGCCAUCGAGCUGCUCGCAGACGUCAUGCCGGCCUUGCGUGUCCGGGGAUGGGACCGCAAGAUCGAAGUCUACAUCGACGGAGGCGUCAGGCGGGCCACCGACAUCCUCAAGGCCGUGUGUCUGGGUGCAAAGGGCGUGGGAAUUGGCCGGCCGUUCCUAUACGCCAUGAGUGCCUAUGGCACCGAGGGCGUCGAGAAGGCCAUGCAGCUCCUCAAGGACGAGAUGGAGAUGAACAUGCGGCUGCUCGGAUGCACCAGCAUCGACCAGCUGGGACCCGACCUGCUUGACACCAGGGGGCUCUCCGUCCACACCGUCUCGGGGCCCAUCGACAACCUCUCUCACAGCGUUUAUGACCCGAUGAGCUUGCCUGCAGACAGGCCUGUUUCAAAGCUAUAA